AUGGCCAAAGGCGGGUAUUACGCAGUGGCGCGGGGCCGAAAUGUUGGCGUAUACCGCACUUGGCCCGAGUGCCAGUCUCAGGUCAAUGGCUUUAAUAAUGCGAGGUUUGUUAUCCGUUCUUUUUCAUGUGAUUAUCAAUAAAAUUGCGCCCUAAGGUUCAAAAAGUUUGACACGGAAGCCGAAGCGCUUCGAUUCAUUGCCGAAAACGGUGGAACCGGCGCUUCCGGUUGGUGGGAAUUUUGAUUUUGAAACGAAAUUUUGUAGUUUUGAAGCUUUUUUUCUUCAUAGCUGUGUUGUUGUAUUUGAAUAAAAACCUCGUUUUGCUUAAUUUAUAAAGAUGAAAUUUCGGCCAAUACACGAAAAUGUUUAGUUUUCGGAUUUCGGUCGGCAUAGAGUACGUAUACACCGCCUGAUGCAGACUUUAUUUCUUCCAGAACUUCAGAGUGGUCCUUAUAGGGGCAACCUUGGGGGCCUUUGGAGCGUCCUCUCUAGAGGCCACUUUACUAAAUCCAUAUAGGGUUUUUUUUUUCAGUAUAGUGGUCCCUAUAGGGGUCAUGCUAGUCGAUGAUUGUUAUGAACUCAAGCGAAGAAGCCUUUCAACGGUAAAAACUGAAUAAAUAAACGUUUUUUGAAUGAAUUUGAGAGACCCCUUGAGGGUCCACUUGAGCUUUAGGGGCUAACGGAUAUGCCUCUAAACCCCUCUAGGGACCACCUUGAUUUUACCCCUAUAGGGAUCGCUUUUUCGGCCCUUAUAGGGGUUUUAUUCGAUUAUCCUAAAUCGUAAAGAACUUGCGGUUAAUUUGAUCAAUAAAAUUUGAAAUUUCAGUGAGUUUCUCCACUAGCUCUCCCUCAGAGUCCCGAGGUCCAAAACCAGGCCAAAAAAGGAAACUCCCAGCCUCUGACCUUGUUCCGCAACCGAAAAAACCGUAACUUGAUCCAUUUUUUGAUAGAAAUCAUUCUGAACGUUUCCAGAACCCCAUCCGUUUGUUUUGAAGACGCCAAGGUUGUCUACACGGACGGAGCCUGUUCGAACAACGGGAAAGGCCAUGCCAAAGCCGGAUGGGGCAUUUAUUGGGGCGAUAACCAUGAGUGGAACGCCUUUGGAGCCGUUCAUGGCCCUGCGACGAAUAAUCGAGGGGAACUUUUGGCGGUUCAGAAGGCCCUUGAGACGGUAGGAAUUGUCCGAAAAUUCGAGAAAGAAAUUCAUGUCCUGAAAUCACAGAAAGAGAUCAUAGGAAAAGUCAGAAAGGGUGAAAGAAAAGCUCCGUAGAAAUUUUCCUUUUUUGCUGCCUCUCCCUUUUUCUAUCAUUUCUUGAGCCUCUUUGCUGCCUUUCUGCGGGCUUUUUUGAGCAUAUCUUUUUUAGCGAUGAUUUGAAAGCAGAGGAGCAUCAAUUUGUGAAUUUAGUUGGAAAUUUUGUCAAUAAAUGACCUUUUUUUUUCUCAAAUUUGAUCAGGAAAAAAUGAUUUUAUUCUCACCUUUAUUAUUAGAUUGCUGAAUUUCGACCAAAAAUUCAAUUUUUUUGUUCCUAACGAAUCAUUUUUUUCUUUGUACCUUUUUCUUUUCUUUUUGCCAAUUUUUUUGUCUUUUUCCUAAUUUUUGGUCUGAUUUAUUUUUGUUCAUAAGCAGUGUGCUCCUGAUUUAAAUUUCGGCAUUCAAGUAAUUUUUAUAAAUCAAAAAGGAAAUCACAAAAUCAUCAGAGGCACAAACGAUGCUCGAACGGUUUUUUUCGAGAUUAAAAUAUGAAAAUUUGAUUUCUUGUCCUUUAAAAUGUUUCUUAAUCACUUUUCUAUUGAUAAAUUUUUAAAUCAGGUCGAGAAGAUUCUAAAUUUCACUAUUUUGCGGAAAUAAUCUCCUGCAAAAUGAAAAAAAUUCGAUACUUUUCUUGCAGGGAUUUGUGCAAAAAACCGUCUCGAACAUAUUGAAACCUUGAAUUUUGAGGAGUAUAAGAAAAAAGGCAAAUUUUCUUCGUAAUUUUACUUGCCUUUUUUACCAACCGUAGCGUAAUAUGAAACAUAAUUCGAAUAAGAGGCAGAAUUUUUGGAAAUUUGAAAGUCAGUUGAAAGUAUCCAAAAAGAUGCUUCUAGGCGGAAAUCAACGAAAUGGACAAGUUGGUCAUUCGUACUGACUCCAAUUUGCUCAUCAAAUCAAUGGAGCAGUUCAUGAAAAAAUGGAAGAAAAACGGCUGGAAAACGACAAGCGGCGAACCGGUCAAAAAUCAGGAUCUUCUCACCUCCAUCGAUGAUUUGACGAAGAAAGUGAAGGUAAACUUCAAAAAAAAAAAAAUGGAAAAAAAUUGAAAAAAUUCAAUUUUAGGUGAAAUUUGAACACGUCCGAGGCCAUUCCGGCGUCGAGGGCAAUGAAAAAGCUGACGGGUUGGCCAGAGAAGGCGCCAAAUUGUACAGAAAAUCGGAUUAAUAAUAGUCUUUGCCUUUUUGAUUUGAAUUAUUGAAAUGCGGGAAUAAACUUAUCGUUUUUUUGUUUUUUUGAAAGUUGCUUUUUUUGUAAAAAAAGUCAACCCAUUUGAAAGGUUAUUUUUUUAAGAAAAUAAUUAUUUGGAUUUUUGCUUAAUGUAUUUCUUUGAUGUUUGUUAUGAAGUUUGUAUAUUUAUUUGUUUUUUUCUUGGAGAAGGAAAUUUUUUUCAUUGAGAAAAGGAAAUUACUCGGUGACUGGCCGAAAUUCACUUGAAAUUUAAUUUUUUUUAAGAUCAUUUUUUUGCAAGUUUUACUGAAAAAAAGUCAUCUAAAGUUAAUAAAAUUGGAAAGUAAAUUUUGAAAAAAAUUGCUUCGAAAUUCAGAUGUUUUUUUCUCAAAGAGGUUAUUAUCUUCAGUUGCUUCUGGAUCUUCCGAUGAAAGGUUACUUUUUCAAAAUAUUUGAUUCAAGAUGAAUUUUUGAAAAAGCUAAUCCUUCAAAAAUUUUUAUGUCUUUUUUUCAAAGAGGUUUAGUUUUGUAAUGCCGCUUUCAAAACGCCUCUGUGAAAUUCAAAUCAGCCGUCAGAAAGUGAAAAAAUAUAACUUAAUUUUGGAGAGUCAGAAAUAAUCUUGAAUUUCGCGAAAGUUUCUUUGAACACAGAACACAUUACAUAAAAAGAAAAAUGCUAGAAAUCAAAAAUCCAAAUUAAAAACAUACGAUAUUGAAUAUUUUAUGAAUAUUUUUUUAUACCAUGAUCAGAUUACUGUAUCAAAAGCCAGUUUUUUAUAUAUAUUUUUAGGUUUUCUGGGUGAAAAACGAGAAUUUAUUGGUUGGGAUUCACAAAAACAGUUUUCAGCGUUAAAACCGCGUUGAAAUGGCUGGUUGAAGCAGCUAAAAAUCGUCCAACUACCAGCAAAGAACUGUCGAUUUUGAGGAACCAGAGAAAGUGGGGAAGGUGAUUUCCUGGAUUUUUUUGGAGAAAAAAAUCAAUUUUUUUGAUAGCGAAAUAAGUACCGCUUUCUCCGAACCUUUAAAAAAAUUUAAAUUCUUGGUUUGGUUUUUCAAUGCAUGGUUCGUAUUUGGAGCCGUUUCGUGAUUCGAUUCAUAAAAAUAUAUUUUUUUUAUUUCGGAAAUAAAUUUUUUUCUCAGCGCUUCUACAGUCCGUGUGGCAGGCCUGGCACCGUUCAAAACUGUUUCCACAGGAAAACCAGCGAAAACGUUCACUCCAUUUGUUGUGAUUCGAUGGCCAGAACAUAGUGAUAGGUGAUUAUAGUAGAAUUGUUAUGGUCGCAUUUGGAAUGGCUUGAAAACUUGAAAAUGAGCUUCGCUUCGAUUUUACCGCGCGAAAGUUGUUUUUGGUCGGGUGCUCUUUCAAGCAACAUCCUCAAAGUUGAGCUAUUCCAAGUGCGGACAUAAGCUUUCACAAUACAGCAAAAUUCUUUCAAUUUUUUUCUUUAGAAACAUGAAUAUUAUUUUACGAAACUCACCCGAAAUGAACCCGUAUUGCGCCGAAGUCAAAGCCGUGUACUAUGGGAUGGUGCAGGUGAUUUUUUUGACCCAUUUUAUUAUUAUAAAAAAAUCGAAAGUUGAUUACAGAGCGUCUAUUAUGGAGUCGAUCAUUUGAGGAUCUUGAUGGGGAACAAAAUCGUGGUCGAUGUUGGGAAUGGAAAAUACAAGGCAAAUAAACAGAAGGAGAUUUUUGACGUGAUACAGAAGUGGACCGCGACGACGAGUACUAAGUCGAGUUUGAAGGUAUAAAAAUGAUUUAUUGGAAAAAGUGCGUGAAAAACUUACUAGGGAACUUUUUCAGUUUCUUCUUGGACUUGUUAUGGAUCUUCUCUGUGUACUUUAGGGCCUUCUGAUUUUAUAAUGAGAAAAAAAUUUCUUGAAACAAAUAUUUUUUUAUAAAGCAACAAAGUUUGUAUAUAGGUCAUUCCGCGCCAGCUUGUCACGAUUUCCAGCUUAUUUGGAGCUCCAAUAGCCUUUUUGGCGCUUCGCUUCGAUGCUCUCGGUGUGCCCCCUUGCGUGCGCCUUUAAUAAAACUCAUUAUUUCCGAACUUUGGAAUUUUCUUAUUCUACAAAAACAGUUGUAACAUCAAAUUUUAUAUCAAACUAACCCAAAAAAAAAGCUCAAACAGUCGGUUUCAUUGAUAAUAAUUAAAAAGUAGUAAUUCAAUCUUCUUGAUUUUCUUUUUUUUUUACAAAUCCAGCCCAGAAUCUGAGUAGGUAUAGUUGAAGCGAAAAAUGGAAUCAGCUUAUUGAAAACAACCUCGUAAAUUAAUAAAGAAGAUAGAGGAAAUUGAAGCAAUAUCUUAAUCAGAAAUGACGUUUUAUUAAAGGCGCAUGCAGGGGGGAACACCGAGAGCAUCGAAGCGAAGCGCCGAAAGGGGUUCUCUAGCUUCUCGCAUGCUGAGCAGGGUAACCCCGCCGUGCUAACACGGGGUCUCAGCGGGUGCCCCCGUAUUAAACCCGUAAAAGCCCAGCUGAUAGAACUUUUGGCAAUUUUUAGCCCAACUGAGACCCCGCUUUAGCACAGCUGGGUUACAUAUUCUUCUUACACCCGUUGUUCCCCCGUUUUAUCCCAACUGAGACUAAAAUAACCUCAGAAACACGGGUUUAAUACGGGUACACCCGUUGAGACACCUGAUCAGCAUGCGAGUUCGAGAAGAAUUAAAAUCGUGACAAGCUGACGCGGAAUGACCUAUAAUGACAAAAAAGCGACAUUUCAAGCUUUUCAAACUUUCAAAGCGUCUUAACUCAAGGAAAAAAAUUUUUCUUGGUUUUUUUUUUUCUCGUUUUGGAAUCAGGAAGUUGUAGAGCGAAGUUUCAUCAAAAGUUCAACCGAGCGCUGAAAAAAAUUCCCUAGUAGGAACAUUUUUAAUUUUAGCUACUGAAAAAUUAGGGAUUUAGAAAAAAAUAUCUUAGUUUUUUUCUGGCUAUUCUCAAUUUUAUCCCAGAAGCUUCUAUUUUUUUGGUUUUUUUCAAACUUUGGUCGCUAUUAUGUCGUAAAAAAAUGUCUUAAAAAAAGAAUAUCUUGAGGUCCUAAACAGAUUGAUUAGAAUAAAAAAAGAAAAUUGCAAAAAUAUUGAAUACAAAACAGAAAUUAUAGAGAGAUGAUGCAAUUUGUUCACGUUCACGGUGGAUUUUCCACAGCGUUUGGAAAUUCGCAUCAUCAAAUCUUUUUUAUAUCGUUGAAUUUUGUGAAAAUCUCACUGUUUGUAUAGCUGAUUCACGGCUGGCUUGAGCCAUCGAGAAAAGGGUCCUGCCACGAAAAGAGACGAGACACUGCCUGGUUGGUGGAGAGUGCAGACAGGCCACGCCUUUUUGCGUCCCAAGCUAGCCGUGAAUUGUCUAUAUAUGAUAAGAUAGAAUUUUACCGUUUGUAUAUGUAUAUGAUGAAAAAAUAAUAAGUUUUUUUAAACUUUUUGAAUCUCUAAAAUCAUUUUUUAAAGCUUUAAGGUUGCGUAAAACCAUAUUUUCAGGUCAAACUUCAGCACUUUACCGACGCCAAGGACAAGAUAAUAUUUUCCUGUCCGACUGUGAUGAAUGAAGAUCAGUUCAUGAAAAAAUUCCAACCUCAAGUAGAAAUUUUGGGAUCUCCGGCUUCUCAAUAA